AUGGGACAACUCUCUCCAUACUUCCCUAAUCCUGAUGGCUUUGGUGUGGACGAAUAUUCAUUGCCUCCUGGUGCCGAGAUUGUGCAACUGAACAUGCUGUCGCGCCAUGGUUCAAGAUAUCCUACUACUGGGUCCGGAGCUCACAAGUUUGGUCUUAAGCACAAGAACAUGACAGAUGCGAAGUAUACAGGCGGGCUCUCAUUCCUUAAUGAUUGGAGCUAUCAGCUGGGUGCAGAGAUUCUUGUGCCCAUCGGCAAACAAGAACUCUUCAACUCUGGUACUCUGCACUACUACCAAUAUGGUCACCUCUACCCCAACAAUGGUUCGAAAAUCAUCGCUAGAAGCACGACUCAAGACCGCAUGACCAAGUCUGCAGAGUACUUCCUCGCAGGCUUCUUUGGUCUAGAGUGGACGAGUAAUGUCACAUUACUACUUGCUAUCGAAGACCGCACCGGUGUAUGGAACAAUACGCUCGCUGGCAACAAUUUUCGGAGUGCUGGUGGCAACAACGCCACAGUCGAGUGGUACACAAAAUACCUUGCUGAUGCUACUAAGCGUCUGCAGAAGCUGGCGCCAGGCUUUGACUGGACAGUAGAAGAUUCAUACAAUGCACAAUCCUUGUGUGCAUACGAGACAGUAGCCUAUGGCUUCUCUCAAUUCUGUGGUCUGUUCACCUACGAAGAGUGGGAAGGCUACGAGUACAGCAUCGAUAUUCAAUUUGCGGGUGGUAAUGGUUUCCAAUCGCCCACUGGCCGUGCUAUCGGUAUUGGAUAUGUGCAAGAGAUCCUCGCUCGUCUCCAACACCACACAAUUGACUCACCAAUUGCACAAAUCAACGUCACUCUGGACAACAACACGGUCACGUUCCCGCUUGAUCAAAGUCUCAACUUUGACUUCUCGCACGACACCAACAUUAUGAGCAUCUUGACUGCAUUUGGCUUUACCCAAUUUGCACAGUUCCUCCCAGCCGAUCGCAUUGAACCAUUCGCUGCACGUCUCGAUAUCGAGAUUAUCAACGCUCCUGCUCCAGUCAAGACCUCACGCAAGAACGAUAAUCUCUACGAAGAAGCAACUAAGUACAUCCACUUCAUACUCAACCAGCGCACCAUCCCUCUGCAUCGCAGCUUCCCUGAGUGUACAGAGCGCGACGAUGGUUGGUGCGAGCUCGACACUUUCCUUGCUGUACAAAGCAAGAGUUACGAGAUCUCUCAGUACGACUGGAGCUGUAAUGGCGACUAUCCUGCCGUUCCUUAUGGCGAAGUCACCAAUGGUGUACCAACUCAGCCUAGCCCGUGA